AUGUUAUUACAACAAUUAUUCCCAACUCAAAAAUUGGAUUGUGGUAAUAGUUUUGGAUGUUCGGAUCAACAUGUAGCCUUCAAUACAUGUAGUGGAAAACAAGAAGAAGAGGAAGAAGAAGAAGAAGAUACCCAUAUCAAAUUGUAUCCUAAAGAGUUGGAUUUAAAAGUUAAAAUUGCUGGAGUGGGUCGUUAUCUUCCUCCAAAUAUUGUUUCAUCUACCACAAUUGAUGUUUUGUGUGGUAAACCAAAGGGAUUUACUGAAAAAACAACUGGAAUCAAAGAGAGAAGAUGGGCUAAUUCUGUAGAACACGUUCUUACAGUUAGAAAGGAGAAGUUUGCAAAGAAUGUAGAUCAAUUUAUUGAUACAAAGAAAGUACUAACUGAAAAGGAAAUCAAAGAAUUGAAAGACAAGGAAAUUACAAUUUCAUGGAUGGGAGCUCAAGCUGCUUUGGAAGCUUUGAAAAAUGCUAAUUUGAAGGUUGAAGAUUUGGAUUUAAUUGUUAAUGCAUCAGGUACUCCUCAAAGAACUAUUCCAGAUACCUCAUGUUUCAUUCAUAAGGAAUUGGGAUUGGGUGAUUCAGGAAAACCAUCACUUUCUGUACAUUCUACAUGCUUAUCAUUCAUGGUUGCCUUCCACAUGUGUGCUGGUUUGAUUGAAAGUGGAAUGUAUGAAAAAAUUUUGAUUGUCUCAACCGAAAUCAGUACUGUUGGUUUGAAUUUUGAACAAAAUCCACAUGCUGGAGGUUUAAUCGGUGACGGAGCUGCUGCAGUAGUUUUGACAAAGAGUAAACCAGAAGAUAAGAGUCGUCUUACUAAAUACAUGUUUGGAACAUUUAGUGACGGAACAGAUUAUACAUCAAUUAGAUCUGGUGGUAGUGAAUUCCACCCUAAUCACAUUUACACACCUUCAAAUUAUAUGUAUUUCGAUAUGAACGGAAAAAAGAUUUUGGAGUUUACAAUUUCUAAAAUGAUUAGAGUUAUGGAAGAUUACCAAGAAGGAUUAUCAACAGGAAAAUUCGAAGGAUUUGAUUGGGCUGUGCCUCAUCAAGCCUCUCAUGCUGCAUUCCACGCAAUGUCUGAAAUCUUUGGAUGGCCAAAAGAUAGAAUUGUAAAGACUUUGGAAAAGUUUGGUAAUACUAUUUCUGCAUCCAUACCUAUGGCUCUCUAUGAAGCAGUUCAAGAUGGCAGAAUUAAGAGAGGUGACAGAGUGCUUUUGAUUGGUACAGGAGCAGGUUUAACAACAGGUUUGCUCUCCUUCACUUACUAA